UGGUUGACUUUCCUUUUAUAUCAUUUUUAUGUUGAUCAAUAUUGCUUUUAAUAUAAUUGUUUUACUUAUUUGCAUAUUUAACUUGCAUAACAGUUGAAAAAUAAACAGUGUCAUAUUACUCAGUUUAAUGGUGAAUGAUGUACUCGUCAUUUGUAUGAAAAGACAUGGUAAUUAACCAGUAUGAACAGAUACAUUAUUUUAAACCAAUUAGGAGAUGGCACGUAUGGAUCUGUUGUAUUAGGACAAAACAUAGAUACCGGAGAAAAAGUGGCUAUUAAAAGGAUGAAAAGAAAAUAUUAUUCUUGGGAAGAAGCUAUGAGUUUAAGAGAAGUUAAGUCUCUAAAGAAAUUGAAUCAUGCGAAUUUGAUUAAACUGAGAGAAGUUAUAAGAGAAAACGAUACCCUUUACUUUGUUUUUGAACACAUGAAAGAAAAUUUAUAUCAGCUUAUGCGAAGUCAAACAAAAUUUUUUCCUGAACAAUCAAUAAGAAAUAUACUUUAUCAGAUUUUCCAAGGAUUAGCUUUUAUGCAUCGGCAUGGUUUUUUCCAUCGUGACAUGAAACCAGAAAACCUCUUAUGUUGUGGUCCAGAAUUAGUUAAGAUUGCCGAUUUUGGCUUGGCUCGAGAGACUAGAUCUCGUCCUCCGUAUACUGAUUAUGUAUCAACUCGAUGGUAUCGAGCUCCAGAAGUAUUACUGCACUCAGUUAAUUAUAACACACCAAUUGACUUAUGGGCUGUUGGUUGCAUAAUGGCCGAGCUAUACACAUUUAGACCACUAUUUCCAGGUACUAGUGAGAUUGAUCAAAUAUUCAAAAUAUGUUCUGUCAUGGGUACACCAGACAAGAAGGAAUGGUUUGAAGGUUACCAAUUAGCUUCUGCUAUGAAUUUUAAAUUUCCGCAAUUUAAGAAAUUAGUGUUAAAUACAGUAGUUCCUAAUGCAAGCCGUGACGGUAUAAAUUUGUUAGAGCUAUUACUCAGUUGGAACCCAAUAAAAAGACCUAAUGCUCAAAAUGCAUUAAGACAACCAUAUUUUCAAGUUGGACAACAACAUCUUGGACAUGAUAAUAAUGAAUUACUAUACAUUAAAAACAAUCAAUGGCAAAAAAGACAACCACCGUCAUUAAUGAAAUCACAUAACUCCCUUCUUCAAACAGCUAAGCCCACGUUUCAUGAUAUUAAUAAUGAAGAGUUGAAAUAUGAUAAACAGUGGACACAUUUAAUAGAUAAGCCAACCAUAGUGAGUAGCAAAGAAAAAAUGUGGUACAAUAAUGAUGUCGAAGCUGUAAAGUUAAAUAAAAAAAAAUUGAGUGCUAAAGAACAUUAUUUAUCUGUGGCGAGAUAUGUUGUAGGGAAAUCAACACAAUUAAAAUCUGAUGAGAAAGUAAAAAGUUUAAAAAGUGAGAAGUCUCUUACUAGCAGAUUAUCAUACGAUUUGAAUGACAAAGCUCAAGAUAUCAAACGAUUAGCCAGCAACAGAAACGACUGGUUCGCAAAGUAUUUCGAGUGAUGACAUCGAUGAGUGUUGUCAUUGUCCUGAUAAAAUCAAAUCAACUGUGGUAAACGAAAUAAUCAAAAUUAUGUAUAAGUUUAGUCAUAUUUAUAAAUAAAUUAUUUUUCUGUUAAAAAUUACACUAAUAUACUAAAAUAAAAUAAAACUAUUUUAUUAAAUUAAUUUAAUAGCUCAAUAACAAU